UCUUUCCCUACCAAGACUCUAAUAAAGUGGUACGAUUGGCUUGAGUCAGCCUCUUCCCGGGCCGCUCACGGACGGCGCGGAGGUAAGAGAGCUUAAGCAAGAAACUAGUCGGCCCCUCGACUCAUCCAGAUAGAUAGACGGACGAAUGCAGUGUGGUCCUCAGGGGCUGAGAGAUGAUUGGGGUGUCGCCAAGGCUCUUCUUGACCGGACGAGUUUUUCUGUGUAUAUACCUCACCCGCUCGUCCGUCGACCCGGUACUUAUGCCGCAUAUGCUGCCGAAGGUAAAACGGAUGAUCAAAAUAGGUGCUUAUCAGAUCGGCUGGCCCGGCGCGCGGCGGCAAGACGCCACGGAUCAGACGAGCAGAAGAAGAAAAAGGGGACGAAGGGAGGGGGAGCAUGCUCUUCAGCCCGUGUCUGCCCUUCCUCCAGCCGAGCAACGGCCAGGGACAAAGAGUUUCUUCUUUAACCUUGAAAGCCCAGACUGUGACCCCCCGCCCGUUUCAAGCACGAGCCCAUUCUUUCGCCGCAACCCUCCAGGUUCUCAUGCGCAGCCUGCUUGUAGGUGGUGAUGGUGGUGGUGGUAGUGAUGGUGAUCCUUUUUCUCGGCCGAUACAUUCACAGUGUGCUGACCCUAUGGGUAUGACCAUGUAAAAGGUACGCAGGGGGGGGGGGGGGGGGCCAAAGGGA